CUCAAAUUUUAAUUUUAUUGCUUUUUUUUUUUUAAAUGUUUUUCCCAUUUCUCUAAACACCUUUUCAACAUUGUUAUAGACAUUCUUAUACUUUGAUUUUAUUAUUAUUAUUAUUAAUAUUUUACAUUCCCUAUCGGCGGGACAUGUUCUAUAGACUAAAGAACAUUGAUAAUAUAAAUCCAAAUAAAUAUAAAUGACUACCACUAGAAAAGUGGUAUUUUAAUUUCAUUUGUGCAUUUCAGUUGACAUACUUACUAGUUUGAUCAAUACUUACCUCCAAUGCUUACAAAUAACGAGUAGGUAGAUACGUACGUGGAGCAUUCCGUCACACAGAUUAGGGUGUAGCUAUUAUUCAUUUGGUAGUCAGAAUUCAGAAUUCUACGUCGUUGUGUUGUCGAUCAAAUAUAAACGAUGCACAAUUCACCUAAAAAGAAAAAAAACAAAAAAGGUCAUAAAAAAAAAAAUGUCAAAGAGGAGAAAGAUGCGUUACAAGAAGUAGAUCGUACCAUGUACAACAUACAAAUAACCGAUCUAUCCGAAAAACUUGCCAGAGUAACUAACAGAUGUGUGGAAUUGGAGAAAAAUAAUGAUUUGGAAAGAGAAAAAGCUAAUGCAUUAAAAGAAAGCCAAUGUGAUAUCAUAGCGUAUUUAUCACGACAAGUGGAAAUUAAAAACAACGAGAUAAUUGAUUUGGAUAAUACUAUUUCUACCUUGAAAACGACUAUUGAACAUCAAAAAAUAAAUUACGAAGACAUCAUUUUGAAGAAAAAUGAUCAAUUUGAAACAGUUUUUGGGCAAUUGAAAGCAGAAAUUGGCUUAUUAAAUAGCAAAGUGAAUUCAUUAAACGAGUUCAAAAAACAAAGAACUCAACUAACGGAUAAAUUUUUAAAACAAGAAGAAGAAUUAUCAAAACUUAAAGAAGAAAAUAAUAAUUUAAUUUAUGAAACAGAAAAAAAACUCAUUAUAGCUAAAGAACACAUGAAACGUCAAAACGAAGCUAAGCUUUUGCAACUAUCUACUACGAUUCAGAAUAAUUUACAAAAGUUGAUGUCUUCCACGUUUCAAAGAACUUUACAAGAAAAUGCGGUUAUAAAGAAAGAAUUAAAAAAAUGUUCUGAAAGCUGGUUCAAAAUGAAUAAAAAAUACACGUCAGUUAAAUCCGAUAAUUUAGAUUUAAAAAUUGAAAACAAAAUGUAUACGAGAGAAAAUAGUCGUCUAAAUAAAAUAAUCAUAGCUCAAAAACAGAUAAUGGAUGUGAUGAAAGUCAAAAAAAUAGGUCUCAGUUGUCAGUUACAAGACUUGUCCGUGAAAAAUGAUAGGAACCAGCGUAAAGCAUAUAAAGCUAGCAGAAUGAAUACUGCAAUAAUUAAAUUGAAAAAGUCGUUGAAAACAAAAAAUCGAAAGAUUCGAAUCUUGACAAACAAUUUAACAUUGAUAAAAACUGAAUUAGAGACAUUAUGUCUUCACAUUUAUAAAAUGGAUUCAAUGCUCGUGACGACGACUAAUUCAAUGGAACGCAUUUUAAAAUUGAAUGAGGUAGACCAGUCGUUAAGCAAGUAUAAAGGCAAUGUUUACUACACAUUUGUAGUGAACUUAUAUAAGCUUUUUAGUGCUACGAAGUUAAGAAAAGUUGAAAUACAAGGAUUUGAUUCGUAAGUACCUAUUAUACAUUUAGGUAUG